UUAAAUAUAGAGUCCCUUUAAGGUUUCGACAAGGAUGGGGGAAGAGCGGUAAUAUUAUCCAAUAGGGAUAUUUCUGACAAAAUUUCGAUUGGACAUCAGUCUCACCAUUAUGGGACACUUAAGUUUAACUCGGAUUAUGCAAGUGCUUUGAAUACGUGCCUCGUGCCUGACAUGCCUGCACGUGUUCCGAUUGGGGGUUGAAGUUGGGCAUUGGGCAUUUACUUAAUCGCUAUAGAGGUUAUGUGAUUUUAUUAUAUAGUGUUAAUUCCUUGGCGGUGAUGACUUGGGGGACAAGUUGUUCUAAUCUGUAAGCUGACUCAAGGAAUUUUUCCAGCACUUCAUAACCAUAAUCAUGGAUGAAGAAUUGGAGACGCCUAGAAUUUUAACCCGGUUUAAAUCAGAAACUGGUGAAGUUACUGGUAGUUUAUUGGAUUUGCCUAUCAACAUAACAGUAGACAAGCUUCAGCUUAUAUGUAAUGCGCUUUUGGAACAGGAUGAGAACACUCCUUAUGUUUUCUUCGUGAAUGACAAUGAAAUCAAGGGCACCUUAGGAAGUGUUAUAGAUGGUGAAAAAGGAGGGACUGAACAAGUUGUUGAUAUUGUUUACCAACAACAGGCUGUGUUUAAAGUACGAGCUGUAACAAGAUGCACUAGUUCCAUACCUGGCCAUGCUGAAGCAGUAAUAUCUGUGAGUUUUAGUCCUAAUGGUAGACAUUUAGCAAGUGGCUCUGGGGAUACUACUGUUCGAUUUUGGGAUGUAGAUACUCAAACACCACACCAUACUUGUAAAGGUCAUAAAAAUUGGGUCCUUUGUAUUGCGUGGUCUCCAAAUGGUGCUCGCCUUGCAUCUGGUUGCAAAAGUGGAGAAAUCUUGAUUUGGGAUCCUGAUACUGGAAAACAGUGUGGUCAAGCCCUGAGAGGGCACAGGCAGUGGAUUACAUCUCUCUGUUGGGAACCAUUUCACAGAAACCCAGAAUGCAGACGUUUGGCAAGUUCCUCAAAAGAUGGAGAUAUAAGAAUAUGGGACGCAGUUCUUGGUCAGUCUCUUUUUAUCUUGACAAGCCACACUAAAUGCGUCACCUGCAUUCGUUGGGGUGGUUCUGGUUUGCUCUAUAGUAGUUCCCAAGAUCGUACCAUUAAAGGAGUUAUGUGUCGUACAUUAGAAGGACAUGCUCAUUGGGUAAACACAUUAGCAUUGAGCACUGAUUAUGUGUUACGCAUAGGUUCUUGUGACCCAAUUCAAAUGAAUACCUCUGGAAAGCUGUCACCAAGCGAAGUUUUGGAAAGAUACAAUGAAUUACAUCCUUCCAGUGAAGAGAGAUUGGUGUCGGGAUCAGAUGAUUUUACUCUGUUUUUGUGGCAACCUGAAAGUAGCAAAAAGCCUAUAGCUCGUAUGACUGGGCAUCAGCAGCUUGUGAACGACGUUAAAUUUUCACCUGAUACCCGAAUCAUUGCUUCUGCUUCAUUUGAUAAAUCCAUCAAACUAUGGGAUGGACGAACUGGAAAAUUUCUUGCAGCACUAAGAGGGCAUGUACAAGCUGUAUAUCAAAUAGCAUGGUCUGCAGAUUCUCGGUUAUUAGUCAUGUGGAACAUGGAAACCAAGAAAAUAGAAGUUGACUUGCCGGGGCAUGCUGAUGAAGUUUAUGCUGUUGAUUGGUCAGCAGAUGGUCAGCGUGUUGCUAGUGGAGGAAAAGACAAAGUUUUGAAAUUAUGGCAGAACUGAAGUUGAACUUAAAUGUUUUCUGCUCAAAAUGAUUGAGAAGAAUUCCUUGGUUAAUUUGAAACUGUAAUAUUCAGAAGGGUAAAAUGUGGUGAUAGCAGCAAUGAUGUACAAAUUUAAAAUGCAAUGACAUACAUUUGUAUUUAUCAAAAUAUUCAGAGCAAAGAUAAAUUACAUCAAUACAAAUGAAUACAAAUGCAAUGCAGCAUAUUAAAAAAAAUGGCAAUAUCCAAAUAGAUCAUGUUGUGUUGUUGAAGAAUCAUUGAAUUUAUAUAAUUUGAGUAAGGACUGUGUAUUUCAUUUGUAGUGAGUUUCUGAAUUAUUGUGUAUUCAGAAAAAUUUUAUUUUAUUUUUAUAAAAUAACUGUGACAGUUUCUAAUGUUAUAUUUGAUGUAUAUGUAACUGACUGUAAAUAUUUUUACAGUAUACUAUAUUCAAUAAGAGUUUUUAAUGUUGUUAUUUUCAAUUAUUUAUUGCUACUCUUAUCUUUUAUGUAGUUUGUUACACAGAAGCACGCAUGCAUGCACACUCUUACUCUGUUUUAAUUAGGUUCUGACAAUUCACAGAAUCUUCAGGGCAAUUCCAUUGUUUCAACCAUGACUCAUUCACACGUUCAAAAUUUAAAAUCUGGCAAAAUGCAAUUAACUUAAUUUAUACUCUUCUUGUAAUAAAGGAAAGAAAGACUCCAGUCCUAAUUCAAAAUAAUUUUUAAAUUAUUUGCAGAACAUUUAUGACUGCAUAUAGUUUCAUUUUUAUUGUAAGUUUCAGCAACCUAAAGUGUGGUUAACUCAACAUUGAGGUCACGAAAAUGAUCCAAUGAUUUAAAGUGAUAUUUAUGUUAAAUAAAAGAAUGUGAAAAUAAAUGUGGUGUGGCUUGAAUGUUACAUGAAAAUUAACAAAGUAAGUUUUUUGGUUUGACAGAAAGUUUUGGUAAUUAGAAGUAGUUCAGAAAUUUCAAUAAAUUUUUUCAAUUUAAAAUAUGUUUUAAGUGCAGGAAUAUUAAAUUAAAAAAGUAUAUAAUGCUUUCAAAAAGUUUUUUUUUUUAACUUCAUUGAAGUAUUAACAUGAUAUACAAGAGGGAUAUGCUCCCUUCCUCUCCAACAAUUUAAUCUAUAAUUUUGAUUUAAUCUGUAACGUUCAACUUCACUACUAAAUUGUUUGCCCUCAAGAGACAUAAACUUUUAAAUGAAGUUUAUAUGCAAAUUUUAAAUUCCAGAUGUUGCAAUUGCUAAAGCAUUGUAGGCUCUUGGUGAGGGCAAAUUUAUGACAGAUUUAUUUCAAUCUUCUAAAACCAUUCUUAACUGGUAUAUGCCUGUAGGUAAAUGGAAGGGAGAAACUUAAAUUAGCUUGUUAAACUUUCUGCACUAUACAAAAACUAACACUAACUUAAUUUUUUUUUUUAAUUGUACAUGACCUUUUAGAAGAUAUUUAUCGUUAGUAUUGUACUUCUGCAAUGUCAAUUUUCAGCUAUUUACAAAAUUACAGAAAGUUCGUCAAAAAUGGAACCACACUUAUCUUUAACAUUCUUUGCUACAUAAGACAAAAACAUUAAAUAUAAAUUUUAAGCCAGUUUC